AUAUUAUUAAUGUUUUACGCCGUCGAUUUUGAUAAAUCAUAUUUACGCAUUUGUCUAAAGAGUAAAAAAAAUAUUUCAAGUUUUCCAGAAGAAACGUUAGUCAUGGAGGAAUUUAAUUCGAGCGGAUCAGUAGUUAAUGGUACAGGAUCUACGGAAGUUCCUCAAUCUAAUGCUGAAGUUAUAAGGGGACAAAUAUUUGAAGUUGGUCCUAGGUAUAUUAAACUCGCCUAUAUAGGUGAAGGAGCUUAUGGCAUGGUUGUGUCUGCGGAUGACACGCUAACAAACCAAAGAGUUGCAAUAAAAAAAAUAUCGCCCUUUGAACACCAAACUUAUUGUCAAAGGACUCUCAGAGAAAUAACCAUAUUGACCAGAUUUAAACAUGAAAACAUUAACUUACAAAACUGCGUUAAAAAUGUAUCUAUACCCGUGAAACAGGCAUACCCCAUGAGAUUAUUGAUAUUCGAGAUAUUCUUCGAGUUGAUAGCAUAGACCAAAUGAGAGAUGUUUAUAUUGUACAGUGUUUGAUGGAGACUGAUUUGUAUAAACUACUUAAAACACAGAGGCUAAGUAAUGAUCACAUCUGUUACUUCUUAUAUCAGAUAUUGCGUGGACUCAAGUACAUUCAUUCCGCAAACGUCUUGCAUCGGGACCUUAAGCCAAGUAAUUUACUGUUGAACAAGACGUGCGACUUAAAAAUUUGCGACUUUGGAUUGGCUCGUAUUGCAGAUCCCGAGCACGAUCAUACUGGCUUUCUCACAGAAUACGUUGCUACCCGAUGGUAUAGAGCACCUGAAAUAAUGCUUAACUCAAAAGGAUACACCAAAUCUAUAGACAUAUGGUCCGUUGGCUGCAUUUUGGCUGAAAUGUUAAGUAAUCGGCCAAUAUUUCCUGGAAAACAUUACCUGGAUCAACUUAAUCAUAUUCUUGGAGUAUUGGGUUCACCGUCCCGGGACGAUUUAGAGUGUAUUAUUAAUGAAAAGGCACGGAACUAUUUGGAAUCUUUACCAUUUAAGCCAAAUGUACCCUGGGCGAAACUAUUUCCAAAUGCUGAUGCGUUGGCUUUAGAUCUCCUUGGAAAAAUGUUAACAUUUAACCCGCAUAAACGGAUUCCUGUCGAGGAAGCUCUUGCACAUCCCUAUUUAGAGCAAUAUUAUGAUCCUGGAGAUGAGCCUGUCGCUGAAGUGCCAUUUCGGAUUAAUAUGGAAAAUGAUGACAUUUCUCGAGAUGCCCUGAAGUCGUUGAUUUUUGAAGAAACCUUAAAAUUUAAGGAACGACAACCAGACAAUGCGCCUUAAGAAUGCGCUGUAAGCUUUAAGAAUUUGAGUAUAUAGUAAAACAAUUGCUCCACUUCUCCAUUAGCAUAACUUUUUUCGUAAUUUCUCUAUGUUUAUUUAGAUUAGGGCUUUAACACAAAAAACAUACUGAAAUGAGACAAACUCCGAUUCUUACAUAUAUCCUAAAUAGCCCUAAUUAUUUUCUAAAGAUAGGAACUUAAACUAUGUGUGAUGUUCGUAAAAUGCAAAACAUUUUUUUAUUUAUUUUAAAAGUACCUAAUAAUUAGGCUACCUGAUGUAAGAAACGUGUAUUAUAUUGAGAUAUUAUUCGCGGAAUAUUAAAGAUCGAUUAAAGAAAGUAAAGAAGUUUACCAAAAUAAUCAAUCAAACUAUGUAAAUUUGUUUAUUCUUUAUUUGUUUUAGAUCUAAAUCCAAAAAAAUCUAUAUCAAGCCAAACCCCCCAUUUUUUGAUUUGUGUAGUCAUAAUCAAUAUAACCAUCUUUGAUAUAUAAUUAAGAUGUUCACAUCGCGUCACUAUUUCCAAAUUCAAUUGAUGAUAACAAAUUGUUAACAGAAUUAUGUAUGACCAACUGGCAUGAUAAUAUAAAAUAAUACAGUUAUAUCAUAAUUUAAUGUGAUUUAUCAAGACUAGCAGGGUAAACCUUCCUUGGAUGUUUAAGUGAUUAAGCUAAAGAAUAUUUCGAAAUAUGCCAUAACACGAACGGUACCAAAUUUAAAAAUGUCUUGCUAUUUAAUGCAAGACAUAAAUUUGAGAACUAACGAAUUUUUAAAAUACGUUUAAUUUUUUUUUCUUGUGUGGGGUACAUGGGACUUUUCUAAAUUUGAAAAAUUUACAACUCUGUUCUGAUAUAAGAAAAACUAAUACACCGAAGGAUAGAUUUUCCGGGUAGAUUUUUACUUGUUUCCGAAAUUCAAAGACUUCACAUUAAUUAAUAGUUGCGCACAAUGAAAUAAUAUAAAAAUUAUAAUUAAUAUUAUCACCUAACGAAAUUUAAAAGCAAAUAUUAAAAAAUUGUAAUAUUCCCCAUUUCUAAUUAGCUAUACUUUUAUUCAAAAUCAUUUGAUAUACUUUCGGUUAAUAAAAUCGUUACGCAACUAAAUUAAAUUAUAAGGUAUACAUAUGCAGACUUGUGCAUUUACAAUUAUAAUAAUUUUGAAAUAAUAAAGGUAAUUAAAUGCGAUUUGGUUUGGUAAACAUUGAAGUAUAUAUGUAUGUAAAUUCAAUGGAAUAUUUUUAUACCCGUAACUUGUGGAGUAAGGGUAUAUUAGAUUCGUUGAAAAGUAUGUAACAGGCAGAAGGAAGCGUUUCACCAUAUAAAGUAUAUUUAUAUUCUUGUUCAGGAUCAGGAACCGCCGAUUCGAACUGGCCAUGUACGUCUGUCCGUAUAAAAGCAGAGGUCUCAGGAACUAUAAAAGCUAGAAGGUUGAGAUUCAGCAUACAGAUUCUAGAGACAAAGACACAGCGCAGGAUUGUUGGCCCAUGUUGCCAGGCCCACAAACCGCACAAAAUGCCUCAAUUUAGAAUACAGAUUCUAGAGACAAAGACGCAACGCAGGAUUGUUGACCCAUGUUGCCACGCCCACAAACUGCACAAAAUGCCACACUUUAGAAAAAUUGUUGAUAUUUUUUUUAGAGUUUUAUACGUUUUAAAUUUCUUGAAAAACUGAAAGAUUAUAGUUAAAAACGCAACCAAUUUAAUUCAAUCCAAUCCAACUGAUUACCCCUCAAAAACAGGAACCCAAUCCCAAGGUUCACCAAUCUCAGUGAUUCUAUUUCUAAUUUUGCAAUUCUAAUCUUACAAUUCUCUUACUUCUAUUUUCUCUCUCCCAAAACAAAUUAAGUUCGUUGCUUACGCUGACAAUUUCCAUUUAAUAAUUCAGCACAAAAAAAAAACAUUUAACUAGCCAUUUACCGCUAUUCGACAAUAUACAUAUGUACAUCAAUGGUGCACUUACUCAGACGCCUCCCUUUCAAUAGACAAAUGCCAGACCCUCAUAAUUUGUCGUAAGCACAAAUGCAAACCAAAAAUAGAAACCGACACAAUAAAUAUUCCUCCAACCAAUAGCACAAAAAGUCUAGGGCUAACAAUAAACAAUAUUUACAACUGGGCAACCCACAUGGGCAAUCUAAGAGACAGCCCAACACAUUAUAAAACAGCUUUAUUCCAAAAAAUACCACACCUCGAUAAUUCGAUAUUAAUCUCUAAAAUAGACUGCCCAUUUAAGGUACCGCCCACAACAACAAUUAACAAAUCGCAUAAAAAACAUACAAGACUCACUUUAACACAGGUCAAAAUUCCUGACAUACAAACUUUCCAGCAAACUCUUACACUCCUACGACACAUCCCUUAAAAAUCUCGUUUCAACACCUUAUAAAAAUUAAAAUACCCCAGCACCAAAGACACUAAAAUAACCAGAUGCGUAACGGCCAUUCAUUGGUUUGGCACUAUGCUGCCACUUUUUUGGUGACGGCCAAAAUAGCCCUCUGUCCGCUCACUUACGCUGAGAGCGUAAGAAAUCUAAAAAUUGAAUUUGCUUGCUUGUGAGUAAAAACAAGAGACAAGAACGCGUAUAAGUUAUGUGUUUCCUCUCCUGUGUCCAGGGGGUUAUGAAUAUCUCUUCUUCCGAGUCUAGGAGUCUUCCUUCUCAAGAUUAUGUAUGACCACUGGAUUUAGGUAGAUUACGUUGGAGGGCUUGACUUCGCCCCCUUAGUUAUGUUGCUAGCCUUGUGGCUUAGCAAUGCAAUGUAGAUAAGAACAAAGUGAUUUUACGGCUAUGCGCCGGAGUUGAGCUGUGGUUUAUUGAGUAGGUUUUUUAGAACUAAAGUACAGACAAUAUUCUUGCUUAGUCUACCCUACGAGACAAUGCAUCGCGCCGCCAAGACAUGAGCGGCAAGUCGACUCAGCAUUCCUUGUGGCUCGAGAGGGACAGUGGAGUCAGUGGUCGGCAAAGGUGGUCCCAGGCCGAGCGUUGCCUCGCCCGUGGACGAUACACCCUGCACCAUAACAUCCUAAACCCGUUCCGGCCGGCAGAGGGUCCUUCAGAAGGGAAGGCAAGAACGUGGCGUGUUAGUAAGGGUCAGUGGAGUCAGUGGACGGUACAGGUGGUCCCAGGCCGAGCGUUGCCUCGCCCGUGGACGAUACAUCCUGCCCCAUAGCAUCCUAAACCCAUACCGACCGGCAGGUAGUCUCCCUGCGGAUACGACAGCGACAUAGCGGGUUCGAGAGGGACAGUGGAGUCAGUGGUUGGCAAAGGUGGUCCCAGGACGAGCGUUGCCUCGCCCCAGGACGAUACACCCUGCCCCAUGACAUCCUAAUCCCGGUCGGGCCGACUCGUUGUCCGGGUCAAGGAGCAAUCAGGACCACGGAGGCAAGGCGUUGCAGGAAAAGCGCCGCAGUAGCAGCGAGAUCGCCGAAGGAAUUAUAUAUAAAACAGUAGAAUAAACGGCUGUCAUAAGAACCCAUUGCUUUUCCUUGGUCGGGCAAUCACACAAAUCAUUAAUUUGGUGGGACGAACGCACAAACGCUCUGAGCUAGCCGCUGCAAUCCGUAGCGAGCGAAAUAAGAAAAUCAGUUCGUUACAAGAUGGCCAACAGAGUGGGUGCCUAAAUCCAAACAUGUGUCCUGUGUGGUGGCGGGUAAACCUCAGCGUACCCGGCUUGUUGUAAAGGGAUGGAAGGAGGAGCCCACAUGGCCUACACUUAAGGAAGGGAGUGCGACCUGGCUCCACAUCGGUGAGCGAGCAUGGACUAAAGAGCAGGCGGAGGUUUUUUUUUUUGUUUUAGUACGUAGGCAUAAUUCCACUAGGGAUUAUAAAUCGUGAAGGCCACCAACGAACGCUAGGUGUUGUUUUUAGAUUUUAAUUUUCCUACCGUGAAUUACUGAAUUUAAUUAAUUAAUAGUUCAAAACUUGUACGAUCUUUGAAAUGUAGUAACUUGAGAUCUUAAACGGCACUUAGUAAAUGUGAAACUGUAAACACUCUUCUCCUACUUGCAUACCUUCCAUUCCCUUGCACACGUAUUAAUCGUCGUUAACAGGUAACUUAUAGUCAAAAGACUCCACGAAAGCGUUCUCCUCUAUUUAUAUUUGUAUUAAAAUAAAAUGUCAGUAGUUACUAAGUAAAUUAUGUAUAGCAGAUUUCUCCUCUGACCAAUACUUAAAAAAGUUGAUUGAUGUGCUCUGUUUAAAUGUUUUUAUAAAUUUUUUCUUACAGCCUGUCGCUGAAGUGCCAUUUCGGAUUAAUAUGGAAAAUGAUGACAUUUCUCGAGAUGCCCUGAAGUCGUUGAUUUUUGAAGAAACCUUAAAAUUUAAGGAACGACAACCAGACAAUGCGCCUUAAGAAUGCGCUGUAAGCUUUAAGAAUUUGAGUAUAUAGUAAAACAAUUGCUCCACUUCUCCAUUAGCAUAACUUUUUUCGUAAUUGUCUAUGUUUAUUUAGAUUCAGAUUAGGGCUUUAACACAAAAAACAUACUGAAAUGAGACAAACUCCGAUUCUUACAUAUAUCCUAAAUAGCCCUAAUUAUUUUCUAAAGAUAGGAACUUAAACUAUGUGUGAUGUUCGUAAAAUGCAAAACAUUUUUUUAUUUAUUUUAAAAGUACCUAAUAAUUAGGCUACCUGAUGUAAGAAACGUGUAUUAUAUUGAGAUAUUAUUCGCGGAAUAUUAAAGAUCGAUUAAAGAAAGUAAAGAAGUUUACCAAAAUAAUCAAUCAAACUAUGUAAAUUUGUUUAUGUUUUAUUUGUUUUAGAUCUAAAUCCAAAAAAAUCGAUAUCAAGCCAAACCCCCCAUUUUUUGAUGAUAUUGAUAAUCAAUAUAACCAUCUUUGAUAUAUAAUUAAGAUGUUCACAUCGCGUCACUAUUUCCAAAUUCAAUUGAUGAUAACAAAUUGUUAACAGAAUUAUGUAUGACCAACUGGCAUGAUAAUAUAAAAUAAUACAGUUAUAUCAUAAUUUAAUGUGAUUUAUCAAGACUAGCAGGGUAAACCUUCCUUGGAUGUUUAAGUGAUUAAGCUAAAGAAUAUUUCGAAAUAUGCCAUAACACGAACGGUACCAAAUUUAAAAAUGUCUUGCUAUUUAAUGUGGGGUAAUGUAGUGUGGGGUACAUGGGACUUUUCUAAAUUUGAAAAAUUUACAACUCUGUUCUCAUAUAAGAAAAACUAAUACACCGAAGGAUAGAUUUU